AUGGAGCUCCCGUCGUGCUUGCUACCGGGAAAAUUAGAGGAGAGAGAGAUUGUCAGAUUGAUGAGGGUGAUCAUGAAGGAGACGAAGCCUGUAAUUUGCAUUUGUCAUCUGUUGCCUUUUCUCUUAGCAAUUAGUGCAGCAGUAGAAUCGACCUGCACGAGGCGUUGCGGCGACGUCGACAUCCCCUUCCCCUUCGGCAUCGAGCAAGACUGCUUCCUCUCCCGCUUCCACGUCGUCUGCAACUCCUCCAAACUCUACUACGGCGACAUCCAAAUCCUCAACAUCUACCCCGAUGCGUCCCGAGCCACAAGACUCCAGAAAGUCCCACUCGUCCACCCACAAGAUAACAACAACUCCACUGGAGUCCACAUCUCAUCGGAGAUGGACCUCACCGGCUCGCCCUUCCGCUUCUCCGAGUACCGCAACAAUUUCGCCGCCGUCGGCUGCAACGUCGUCGCCUUCUUCAACACGUCGACCCUCGACGCUUUUGUCGACACUCGAUAUGGACGUUCCUGCGCCGCUCUGUGCAACGACGCCGCCAACUACAUCGACGUAAUUAAUGGUUCUUGCUCUGGCGCCGACGGCUGCUGCCAGAUCGGCGAUAUCCCCUGGGGAAUGCAGCAAUUCACUUCCUACAUCAUCCUUGACUUCGCUGGAUUUAGCGGUUCGCCAUCACAAAAUUCAUCGUGCCUCUUCUCGACCCUCGUGGAUCGGUACUCUUUCAACGCGUCGUCGGACCUUCGUGGGUGUGACUUGUAUGAGCUAUACCAAGGACAGUUUCCGGUCGCCGUCGACUGGUCCAUCUCCAACGCGUCGUGCGAGGAUGCUAAGCUCAAUCCCACCACCUAUGCGUGCCGGAGUCGAAACAGCUACUGUAACGACCCUUUCCCCGGAUACAGCUGCAGCUGCAAUUAUGCUUACGAAGGAAACAUCUUUAUGAUUAUUAGUGCAAGUGCUGGUGGCAGCGUGCUUAUUUGUUCUGCUAUUGUUGCACUAUGGAGAAUUCUGAAAAAAAGAAAUCUUCAAAACAGAAAGAAGAAGUUUUACCGUAGAAAUUUAGAUUUGUUAAAAAAAGAACAAUCUUCUACGGAUGAAAUUGUCACUGAAAGAAUGAAGAUCUACGAGCUAGAUGAAUUGGAAAAGGCUACCAAUUAUUUUGACAAAACUCGAGUGGUAGGGGGCGGAGGUCAUGGAAAAGUGUAUAAAGGAAUUUUAUUGGAUCAACGCGUAGUUGCCAUCAAAAUGCCAAAGAUAACAAAUGAAAGUGAGCUUGGACAGUUCAUUAAUGAGGUUUUCAUUCUUUCUCAAACCAACCAUAGAAAUGUGGUUAAGUUCAUGGGAUGCUGCUUGGAAACUGAAGUCCCUUUGCUUGUAUUUGAGUUCAUAUCAGGCGGAACACUCUCUGAUCAUCUUCUUAAUCAUGAACAAUUCUCGCCUUUAUCAUUUGAAGAUCGUUUAAGGAUUGCCUACGAAGUUGCUAGAGCAUUAUCCUAUAUACACUCAGAAGCUUCCAUAACAAUUUUCCAUAGAGAUGUUAAAUCAUCUAACAUUCUACUUGAUGAAAGAAAUAUUGCAAAACUAGCAGAUUUUGGUGCUUCAAGGGCUGUCACUUGCGAUACAAAUUCAGUAACUACUAUUGUUCAAGGAACUUAUGGAUACUUAGAUCCCGAGUACCAUCAAACAGGAAGAUUAACUGACAAGAGUGAUGUCUAUAGCUUUGGAGUCAUUCUUGCAGAACUUUUGACUGGGACAACUGCAAUUCCUUACCAAAUAAAUAAUGAGGUGAGACACCUAGUUAUGGACUUCAUUGCUUCACUGAAGGAUAAUUCACUUCCUGAGAUCCUCGAUCCUCUAGUUUUAGAGGAAGCAAAAGAAGAAAUUCUUGGAAAAUUUUCAAGGCUCAUAGAGAGGUGCCUCAAACUGAAUGGGACUGAACGACCAACAAUGAAGGAAGUGGAGGAGGAACUCGAAGCUAUGAGAGCAAAGAAACCAAAAGCUAGUCCUAAUGGCCCCGGAGUAACUGCAUCUUGCUUAGAUCUCGGUGUUAAUAGCCUUGGAGGAACUUCAGCUUUUUUUUAUACUUGCUUGGAUCUUGAAGCUAAUAGUCUUGAAGAAACUGCAUUAAUUGAUAGUUCCAUGUAG